UUCAGGGCGAGGACAGGUCGGUGACGAGGCCGCAAAGCGCAGUGCGUCGACCAAGAGAUGGCGGGAGACUGAGCAAACCCACAAUAAGUAUAUGCAGGCACGACGGUGUCUCUCUCCUUCCUUGUCGCACUAUACAUCCUCGCAACAUUCCUGCCUCGUCCAUUGUACAGCAGCAGAACUUACUCCAGCAGCUUCUUCACAACUGCAGACAUUCACGACAGAGAUCCACAGCAGUAUACGCAGUGCCCUCCCGGCAUGCUUACACUGAAUAACCUCCUCACCAUGCGGUCCUCACUUCGCAUCGCCGCAAUUACCACCAUCGCUACACUCAUAUCACCGGCAACAGCACAAACAUGGUCGCAUUGCAAUCCAACAGUACAAUCCGGCUGUGCGCCCAAUCCAGCACUCGGUCGAGCAAUCACUAUCGACUUCGCUGAUGGCGCAUCCGACCAAUUCACUGCUUCAGGCAAUCCCGAAUACAACUCAGACGGUGCAGUCUUCACAGUCGGCGGGUCAGGGCAAGCACCAACACUCAGCUCGAAAUGGUACAUCAUGUUCGGGAAAUACUCAGUGACAUUGAAGGCCGCUCCUGGCGUCGGUAUUGUCAGUUCAGCAGUACUUCAAAGCGACACCCUCGACGAGAUCGACUGGGAAUGGUUGGGCGGAAAAGCAGGCGAAGUUCAGUCAAAUUACUUUGGCAAAGGACAAACGACAACAUACGAUCGAGCCGCUGUCCACGCUACCGACAACACACAAAGCGAAUUCCACACGUAUACGGUCGAAUGGACGAAAGAUCAGAUUGUUUGGUCAAUCAACGACAAGACAGUCCGCGUGCUCAACGCUGCCGACGCUCAAGGACAAUUCCCACAGUCACCGAUGCAGCUCAAGCUUGGCUCUUGGGCUGGUGGAGAUCCGUCCAACAACGAAGGUACCAUCUCGUGGGCUGGCGGUGCUGUCAAUUACGCAGCUGGUCCUUUCUCGAUGUACGUCAAGACGGUGUCCAUCGUUGACUAUUCCACCGGCAGUGCGUACAGAUACGGCGAUUCGAGCGGUUCGUGGGAAAGCAUCGAAGCGACUGGCGGCGAGGUGAAUGGCAACUCCGGUGGUAGUGUCACCGUUGCAAACGCUCCUGCCAUCACGUCGACAGUUCAGGGUAAUGAAGGUUGGAGUGGAACACAUGCGACGAACACGGCCACUGUCUCGUAUACCACCCUGCCUGGUCUGCCGUCUGGCUGGACCAUCAGUGGUUCGGGCAAAGUCGUUCCUCCGUCGGCAGCCCCAUCGCCGUCCCCACUCGGUUUAUCAUCGCCAUCGCAGCCUGCGUCUGUAGCGGCAGCAUCGCCCACGCCCUUAGGUGGUGAAGCUGGUAGCCCAGUCACGAAAUACAACGAUCAAGGCUUCCUCACGACGGUUAUCAUUCCGGCUGGCGCCUCAACCGGCUGGGAUGAAAAAGGACUGCCAACCAAAUAUCUUGCUGGUGCUCAGGUGACACCGUCCGCUGCGCUCAAGCUCAAGGCGGUGACUGGCACGACCACUGGCCUUGCUACCCUCACCACAGACAACGGCAACAAUUUCAUCACGGCAUCGGUGACGCAUACUGGUAGCGCUGUGCGACAGUUGCCGUACAAUGAUCGGUACCUGGUUGCUUUCAUCAUCGCCGGAUACUUCAUCGUGGCCUGUUUGCUGGCGUGUUAGUUGAUGCACUGCAUACACAGGCCGCACAGAUUGGGCCGCUGACGAAGUCUGGACUUCGUCCUUCUUUUUUGGAUGAUUGUUUUAGCGGCAUAGCGACAGGUUGCAUUGAGAGGAGUGGAUACUUUACAGACCAACAGAGUCAUGAAUUGGGUAAUGAAGGGGUAAUGAAAAUUGAACGACAACGCUCGUGGACUGGGCAUGGAGACGCUGCAACGAAUAAUGUGCAUAGACUACGCAGAAAUCAGAUGAUCAUGAGACUCC